GACAAACAGGAAAACAAACUAUAUUGUUGGCUCGAUUUCGCUCUUGUUUCUUCGUGAGAAAAUUUUCGCCUCGUCAUUCGUAAAUUUUUCCAAGAUGUGGAUCCAGCUCCUCGGAUUUUCCUGUAAGUCUUUGUUGGUAUUUUAGUAUCGUCCUGAAAAAAAACUCGCAUCUAUAAUGCCGCAGAUACAAUCUACUUAUAACCCACUCACAAUUUUUCCUUUCCUUCUCAGUAGAGUACUUACGUCGGUGGACGUUUUUACUUCAGUUUAACAUAGAUUUAGAAAUUCUUGGUCGCUCAAGAGCAAUUUUGCUAAGACGAUUAACCUUCUUGUUUAUUUUUUCGUUUUGACUUAAGUUCUCGGGUUCGAUUUUCACCAAGCGUGUUCGGCAGAUGACUAGGUGCGUAUUUGUUUUCGGCACGAAAGGCCGGUAUGAUCGUUUGCCAUUGGCCUGAGUAUAUGGGGUGAUUUCUCGUUUAGCUGAUCUCUUUGUCUUUCUUUUGCUUUUAGGCCAUAUUUUUCGUGUGUCAUGCUUAUGUCAUGCUUAUGGUCGGUGAAAAAUAAGGAUUCACGAAAUAGAAUUCGGUCGUGUUUGGAAAAUUUUAUGCCUGUACAUGUUAAUUAUUGUUCCUGAUCACAACACUAUCCCUAACGCAGGUCGCGUCUUUGUUUCACGAUGAUUUUGGUUAAACUUUUAGCCUAUUUCUGGUAUGCGGUCGAUGUUACAGUCACACAUUUAUAAUCUUUUAGACGUUAAUCUACAGUGGAUCAGCGGUACAUUCUUCACCAGUUUUAUGUUUUACCUUUCCUUAGUAAUUCUUUGGCAUAAGUGCUGCUAGGAAGAACCUACUACAUAAUUUAUAACUCUGGGCAGCUAAUAAAAACAACGUUUGUUUGUGAGGUUGCAGCAGGCAGUAAUCCCCAUAUUUUGAAUACUAUGAAAAAUCAGAAAAUGUAAAGAUAUCCAGUCAACCAUGAUCCCCAGAACAAAAACUUUUAGAGUGCGUUAGUUUUAAUCCUUACUCAUUUUGUACAGUUAUUUUUGGUAAGGUCAGUAAGUCCACCUUGUCCUAGACUUGAAGGAAACCUGAAGCUUUUUAUGAUGAUGGUGGCAUUGCUUGUCAGCAGGGAAAGAACUGCUAAAAGUUUAUUGUUGCUGAAAUGAUGAAAACCAGUUUAAUGACAACUCAUCAAGAAUUUUUUUGCUCUACUGUGUCAUGUGAUGUUGAUAUUGCCCCAGAAGACUUUCAUGGGGGUAUAGUACAAUUAUUGUUGUAAUUAGAAAAAGUGAUAAACAGAAUUAAGUAGCUUUGUUAGGCAGGGGUUGAUGUUAGAAUAAUGCCUAGAGUUAUGAUGCAAACAGAUUUGUUGUUUGUUUUAUUUACAUUUAUUUUUCUUUGUAGUGAGUAAUGUUUGCUCAUUUCCCAUCUUUUCUUAGGUCUUCUAAGUUUUCUUGAAGCAGAAAAGAACCCUUCUAAUUUUCCAGAAUGUAAAGUUAUGAGCACUGUUGCCAGUCAUUUAAAAGGAAAUAUAAAGAUGGUCCUGCAAAAAGAUGCUGUUUGCCAACAAAACAUACAUUGUACAGGUACAAUGUAAAUAUCUAAUCUACAAUAAUACAGUCAUACUUUGCUAAUUUAGGUUAUAAUACAUUGACACAUCUGCGUUUGUUUCUUGCUGGCUUUGUUCCUCUUGUGGUUGUUAAGGGCAAAAUAUAAUAGAUUUGAUUUGUUGCUCUUUCAUCAAAUAGUUUGAAAAACUUAGAAUUCAUUUGUCAGGUGUUUUUGGAACAAAUUUUAAGUUUGUCAUAAAAUACUGGAACUCUGCAUAAUGUCUAUUGUAUGGUUUGAAGUAUUUUCAACUAUCAGUUGUAGAAAGCUGGUUUCAGUAGUUUCUGGUCUCAGUUGCUGACUACCAGCAGUUCACUACAAACAACUUAUUCAUGCAAUAAACUCAACAAAGAAACAAAACAGAAGUGUCAUUUUAUAACAGUUGUUUCAGACCAAUAAACUCAAGUUUAAAGAAAACUUCCACUGUUGGAAGAAAGUUUUGUUAACCCUUUAACUCCCAAGAUCUGAUUGUCAAUUCUCCCCUCUAGCUGCUCCAUAUUUCCUUAUAAAUUAGUUGCAAAAUUUGGUGUCAGAUCAAGAUAGCAACUUCUACCUGAUAAGUCUGAGUAUUCUCAUUACAGUUUUGCUUGAUAAUGUAUAUUGUGUAAGGUAUGUCUGGGAGUUAAAGGGUUAAGUUAUCAAAAUUGAUCUUUGAAAUAGAAGUUUGUUUGUAAGAGUGGGAAUGAAGUAUUUACUGUGAUAAAAAUUGAUCAAAAGAUUUGUCAGAUAUUUUUAAAUAGGAAUUGGUGGGGGACCAUCAGGUUGGAUGGAAUGACAAGUUAUGACUACCCCUAUUAUCUGCUUGGUUCCCUUGGGACUAUUUUGAACAAUAGUGUUAUUAUUGAUGAUAAUAAUGGUAACUGUGUUAUGUCAUGCAAACCCAAGGCACCUUUGGGGAUAUUUAAACAUCAUUAUUGCUUGUACUUGUUUCUAGUUUUUAUACACAUCCAUUCUUGUUUCCAAUUUGUUUCUAUAAAAUCUGUGAAAUAUAAGACACUGUCAUGAAUUUAUCAACAACUAUUUUCAUCAUUGGAGGCCCCCUAGAAGACUGAACUCACCCUUCCCAUAAAUUAUUCUAUUUCUUAGACAUCUUGAGGUGUGAGGUAUAGGGAUAAAUGUGGGUGGAUUAAAGCUCACCAAGGUGAUGGUUAACUAAUGUUAUUUUGUUGCUUAUAUUCCUACCAAUACCACAGGAGUGAACUGCACUUGGUCAGGUGGGGGUUCCCUUGAAGUUGAUUUACAACACUGUAAAGAUCCUGUCUACUAUCAUCUUUUCCUAAAUGUUCCAAGCAAGGGCAUAAGAGACAAAGGUGUUCAACUAAAGCAGGGUACAAAGUUCAGGGUUUAUAAUGAUCCUAAAAUGGGAGAAGUUUACCUACAUGUGAAAACUCUGUCACGAAAAGAGAAUGUCAUAACAACCAACGUAAGUUUAUGUCUCUAGUGAGCUCCAUACUCUAAUUAAGCAGAGAGUUAACUUAUGAAUAUGAGUUGCUUCUUUAGGGAAAAGUUUUAUCAUUAUUUCCUCUUUGUUGCAUUUUUCCAAGUAAAUCAGUAUAUGUGUACCAUUUUUUUCAGACUGGUCCCUUUGAACUCUUUAUUUAUAUGAGGCAAGCAUUUAGUGAGGGCCCUGUUUUUAUCUGCAGAGGACAAUUUUCUUUAACUUUUUUUGGUUGAUAUUUUAUCACCAUCCUCAUAGAGCAAGGGUUGGUUGGUUAUGUCAACUUGUUUUUUCCCUUCGUGUGGUGGUAACAAACUGUUUCUGGGUCAAAGAGUGGUCCUAAUUUGAAUUUUAAAUUUUAACCUUUUAACUUCCAACAUCUGAUUGUUAAUUCUCCCCCCUAGGUGCAAUACAUUUCCUUGCAAAUUAGUUAUGAGAAUUUGGUGUCAGAUCAUGGUAAAAACUUCCACCUGAUAAAUUUGAGUAUUCUCAUAACCUUGUAGUUCGACAAUAAAUAUAUGGACAUUACAAGGAGCGGGUAUAUGUUAAUCACUUGUAGGAGUUAAAGUGUUAAACACCAUUGGCAUUUAUUUCUAAAUUCGCAAUUUUGCUUCAGUGUCUAGAUGAGGUGGACAUUUGAUGGGGGGUACAGGGGUUUUUGUGAGAAAAUAAACUAUUUUGCAAUACUUUCCAUACCCCAAUGACAAAGAACAAAAAAUCAUUUAUGACACAACACUGAUGUUACUGAUUCUGCAGCAGUGAAUUUGCCUGGUAGAAAAAUUUAAAACUUAUUGGAUAAAUUGGUACAGCUGGCCUUACAAUUAACUUCCUUUCUGCCCCAGGUUGUUUGGGAAUUUUGUCCUCCUAUAGUGAAUUGCCGUACAUUAACUGUAGUGGACAAGGAAUUUUGUGUGAAAAUGCAAAGCUGCCCAGGUACUAGUAUUUAUUUUGUGUGGCUUGUAUAGUGGUUUUUGUAAGGUUCAGACAGUAGAGUUGAUUUUAGAAGAGUGAUUUGGCUUUUCACAACCUGUUUAAUCUUCAGUGACCUUUGUUUUAGAUUAACAUAUGAUUUUUCUGAUAAAUAGAAGGCAAACAGAUAUGAUCGAAUUAAUAUAUGAAAAUGGUAAUUUGGAAAAUUUUAAAUCAAGCAUAACUAUUGAACCACAAGAUAUAUAAUUAUCAAGCUAAAACUAACCUCCAUAAAUUGCUAUUGAUAUGUGUUAUGGCUUUUUUUUUUCUUUUUAAACCCGUAGCUCCAGAGUAUUGCAACUGACAGUAACGAUAAUUGAUAUAGAGCGGUGAAAGUUGUUGGAAGAAAAUAUAGAAACAAAAGAUAAACUCGAGUAAAACAGUCAGCUUUUUCCUUUAAAUGUGAUUACUACAAAGGUAGAAGUGAUAGAAUGAUGUGAUUCAAAAAGGAAGUAAUGCACCCAGAGACUGACAAAAGCUCCAUAACUUAAAACCCUAAGACCUGCCUCUAAUUUUGUCUCAAAGUAGAGCUACUGGUAGUGCAUGAUUCACUAAGAUUAUGAGAAUAAAGAAAAUGAUCACCAAUCUAAGAAGCUUUGAUUGUUACAAAAAUUUCCUAGGCAGCACUAAAAGAAAUGUGUAAAGAAUAGUAUGGGAAUUAUGGAUGCUGAUGGUAGGGUGUAAUGGAGAUGAAAAAUACUGAGUGCUGUAAAAAGAAAUCUUAAUUUCAUUUAUAUUUCUUAGGAUUCAAUACAAGUACAACUCAUUACAAGCCAUGUGGUACUGCACCUGAACCGACAGGUUUGUCACUACAGUAGUUUCCAUUUCUUUUCAAUGUGACAGUUUCAAGUUUAAUAAAGUUGUUGUCGUAAAAGUUUACAGCUAGCGGGUAGCAGCAAGAUUUGAAUCAUUUGCAUUCGUUCAUCUGUAAAGUUAUAUGAAAUUAUAUGCAGUUUCCUGGAACAGGAGAAAUUUUCCUAAUGUUUUACCAGAAUGAUUUUAGCUUCAUAGGAUAAGUGAAGAAAAUCAUUUUCCAUUUUGUUGUUUGUGAUUAACAUCAAGCUUAAAAACAUAUCUGUUUACAAGUGGGCAAGACCACCACUACUGUUUGAACAAUUUGAUUUGUUCUAUUUACUUGAAUCUUAAGUGUGAAUAUAAAAGUAUGACCUGGCAAAACGGUUUUUCUAUUAUCUGACAUGUUGAGUGAUUCCUUACCACCAAAAUUGAACAGCUCAUUAUCAACAAAGUGCUGUUACUCAACUCUUAUCAAUUACACUUAAGUAAACAUCUGUUAAAAUUGUCAUAACGAUCAUCAUCACAUAAUGUUAAGCAUAUAUAAAAAGUACGAACAAAGCAUGUAAUUAUGUACAUGACCUGAAUUUGGAACUAAUUUAGAUAGGUCUUAAGCGUAAUUGGGUCAUGUGGUGAAAAUUCACCCUUUUUGGCUUGUUUACGCUAAUUUAAUUAACCUUUUCUGCCUUAUUGUUGUAUUCAGUGUUUUGGGAAUAUUGUCUUACAAAUAUUCAUUUUUAAACUUAUAGUGUGACUGCCACAGGCAGGUUGCUCAAAAUCUGUCUUUUUUUUAAAGCAAAUAUUGAGUAAGAUAGUUAUUUACUCCAUAUUUCAAGAUGGUAUAAUUGAUAAACUUGUAGAAAAUUAAAAAUAGUGAAAAGCUAUUUUUGAAGAAAAUGAGUGAAUUACCUAAAGAGCUGAGCGACUCUAAUUAAACUCAGUUCUACCUUAAUGGACAGUGUUGGCAGAGCAGCAGAAUCAGCAAAGACAAACCACAGCAGUGCAGCAAUGUCACAACUGAAGGUUUUGAUUACACCUUGCUGUCAAAAUCAUUAGUUGCCUUUAGUAUUUUAGGGUGUAGUAACCAUCCACCUCCCUAAGACAUGUUUCAAAGACUUGCAUAACAGCAACAAUUGGCCAGCCUAUCUCCCCCUUAGUGAAACAGCAAUACGUGAGGAUAAUGUGACGAAAUACUGUUGGAAGUAUGCAGGCAUAAAUUAGCAGGCUAUAAUAAUGGUUAUAAUAAAGUUCAGAUAUAACACGUAGUGUCAUUGGUUGAAAGAGCAAGCUCUAUGAGAGUCAUGAGGGGACGCAAGUGGCCUCAACUGUUAAGUAUUUUUUGGAAAUGUUAGGAUAUUGUCCUAGCAUUCCUAACAUUCCGAGCUGCACGAGAGUGUCAAAAUCCGUGCGUAUGUUAGAAAUUUCACUAGACCUAAAGUACGCCAGAUGAGGGCGAAUAAAUAUGAGAAGAUAAAUGAAUUAAUGCCUGAUAUCAAAAUGUCAUCAGCUAAUGUUUUUGUUUCACACGUAAUCAAUAGUGCCUUUAUUCCUCGGCCAGUUCCUUUGUGUUACAUUGUAGAUUAUAAAGAGAAAUAUAUCCACACGAUUUAUUUGCCCUCAUUUGCUUACUUUAGGUCUAGUGACAUUUCUGUGAUAUACGCACGGAUUUUGACACUCUCACGCAGCUCGGAAUGUUAGGAAUGCUAGGAUAAUAUCCUAGCAUUUCUAAAAAGUACUUACAGUUGAGGCUGCUUGUGUCCCCUCAUGUAGAGCAUAGAAUUGAGCUAAAGCUGUCCUGCCAUCUGCCAAAUUGUACUAUGUCCGACCUUUUCUGGGACUUCUUUCUAGCUUUCUUUCGUUAAUUGAAAGUGAAAUUUCAGAACAAGCAGCCAAUCAGAUUAUUUGAACCAUUCUAACGCGGUAUCUGAUUGGCUUAUUGUAGUAUGCGUUAUGAGAGUAUAGAGCAUGCUGACGACACUGUUGUUCACUUUGGAAAUGAAGUUUGUUUUGAAAAUUAAAAGUAAUUCUUUGGGAACUUAAUGGAUUCUUUAUUAUAAAACAACUAGAGAAACCUUGACUGUGCUCUGUUCUAUUGUAAAGCACUUACGAAGCACGACUACGUCUCGUGUUUCCCCCCUACACUUCUUUCGUGCUCUAGCCACUUCCUGCGUGCUUUACAGCAGAACAGAGCACAGUCAAGACUUCUCUAUUUGUUAAAUAAGAGGGGAACAUAACCAUGUGUACAUGAACUAAUCCCAAUGAGCGUGCUACUAAUGAUCUAAUAAUAAUAUUAAUAUGUGCAUUUCAGGUUGUAAGUUAUUUUCAUGGCUUUCAAACAUGUAACUUCUUGGUUUAUGUAAGAGUAUUGAAUUUUUUUUAAAUUUUAAACUAAACUCAUUGUUGUAGAUUAUAAUCUCAAGCAUGUGGAUUAUCCUGAUCAUUUCCACUCAAAGGGAAUCUUUCCAACACAAUCUAUCCAGGCUUUUAUACAACCCUACAUGCAAAAUCUCUAAAGUUUUCAAAUCCUGUUUUCACACAAGAUAAUCUACAUAAGCUGAAACAUGAUAUAUUAGCUUGGUUCAGUAAGGGUUUUGAUGCAUUUUUAUUUCUUAAUAAUAUUUUUUUUUUGCAAUGAAUUUUUUUUAUUUAGUUAUUUUUAUGCAUUUUCUAACAGAGAUACCUUUUGGAAUUGUUGACUUAACUAUUAUACCUAGUUAUAAUUAUACUCUAGGUAUCUACUAGCUCUCCAUGUUGUAGCCAUAGGUUUUUCACACUCUGCUAUCAAUUGCUGUAGACAAUAUUUAAACACUUAUUUAUGUGGUUAUUUGACCAAUCAUAGGAAAGCAGGCAACCAAUUCAAGACUGACAAACUCUCCUCUCUAAUGUGUUCAGGAUUUCAAGGAUUGACCUCAGAUCUGAAACCACACUCUUAAUUUUCAACACAAAAAUUUGUGCAAAGUGAAUAGACCUCAAAGUUUAUGAACAACUUAUAACACAAUAUUUUCAGAAAAGAUUACAUAAAUCACUACUUUCAAGUUAGUUUUCAGUUGGCAGUAUGUUUUUUAUUUUUUAGUGUGUAACUGUAAAAUGUGUCUGUUCUAGGCUCAUGAAAAAAGACAUGUCUAUGCAUAUUAAAUAAGUGCAGUGGGAAGUAACAGAUUUUGUAGACCAGAAGAAAAUAUGGCCAUGGAAAUUUUAUUACAUGGUAACAAAAGUAGACCUUGGAUGUGCUUAAGUAGAUAAUUUUUUCUCUGUCGGAUAUUCAAUAUGGGCUGAUGAGAUUUUUUAAUUUUUAAAUGUCAUCCCACAGGUCCUCACUCUGAAACAAGGAAAAGAUAUUCAACAGGUUAGGGAGGUUUUGCUCUAAGUUGCUCUUAGUGUUUGCCAAGAAUUGGAUGUUGGAUAGGAUAAUAUUAAAUAUAAUCUGCAUUCAAUGCACUUUUAAUUUUUGGCCCUCAUGUCUAGCAAAGGCCCAUGUCCUCCUCCUUUUUUGCAACAUUAAUUUGUAAUAACAUACUUAAUGUAUCAGUAAAAGUAAGGUAUCUGUUGAGUAUGCAUUCCACACACUACUUUCCCAAUUACUGUGGUGAAAAGUGCCCAAAGUGGACUUUGAGUGUGCUUUGUUGCUUCCCUCCUUUGCCAGUGAGAGGAUUGCUGCUUGGUAGUUAUAUUCAUUUAACUCAUUGAGAAUUUAAGUUAUAAUUUUUUGUUCAGAGUUGCCCAGUGGAAUUGUGGACUAAACUAUUACAAUUAUGAUUAUAAUUGUUUUUUGCAACAUUAAUUUGUAGGCACAUACUUAAUGUAUCGGUAAAAGUAAGGUAUCCAAUGAGUAUGCAUUCCACACACUACUUUCCCAAUUAAUGUGGUGAAAAGUGCCCAAAGUGGACUUUGAGUGUGCUUUGUUGCUUCCCUCCUUGCCAGUGAGAGGAUUGCUGCUUGGUAGUUAUAUUCAUUUAACUCAUUUAGAAUUUAAGUUAUAAUUUUUUGUUCAGAGAUGCCUAGUGGAAUUGUGGACUAAACUAUUACAAUUGUGAUUAAAAUUGUCUUAUUAUUAGUAGUAGUAGUGCUUUGUACAAAUCUACUAUCUCUCCAUAACACAUGUAUCAAUUGUAGUUAUAUAUGCAAGGCAAUUAUAUCCAUUUAAUAUACCACAUUGUAGCCAUAGGUUUUCCAUGCUCUGCUAUCAAUUGCUGUAGAUAACAUUUAAGCAUUUAAUAUGUGGUAAUUUGAUUAAUCAUAGGAAAACAGUUCACCAAUUUAAGACUGACAUACUCCCCGCUCUAAUGUGUUCAGGAUUUCAAGAUGUCAUUUAACAUCAGAUCUUAAACCCCAUUCAUAAUUUUCAGCCAAAAAAAAAUGCAAAAUUCAUGCAGUGUGAAUAGGCCUUGAAGUUUAUGAACCACUUGCAAACGGAUAUUAUCAGAAAAGACUACAUAAGUCACUACUUUUGAGUCUUUCAGAACUCUCUCAACAACUGUUUAUUUUAUUUCUCAAACAUGCUAUACUUACAGCCAAAGUUAUUUUACCACUGAGUAUGUUCUAAUCUCAAAAUUGAGGCCAAGGUGAAUACUAUAUAACUGAAUACCAGAUAAUUUUUGACAUGGUUUGAUGCUACUCUGGUUUAAAAAUUUAAUGAAUGUAACCCAGAAGUCACAAUUCAUAGACCCAAUGUUUCGACACUCCUAUUUAGUGCAUUUAUCAGGGGUGAUCUAAUCACUGUAACAAGAGGUCCUUUAAUAUGCUCACUAAUUCGCUGCUCUUUUUUCUGAAGAGGUGUGAAAUGGGUGUCAGGUAGUAAGCCACCAUCACAAUUUAAAGGAGUGUGGGCAGAGUUGAUAUGCCAGGCUUCCAAACAAAGAUGCUGGUGGUAAUGUCAAUUAGUAGUGAUAAUUUUAGACUUAUCCCACUCAAUUGUAUGGUUAGUUAGGCAUGGGUGCCUGAGUAAAGUUUUGGCAUGGACAUUUUAUGGCAAAUAGGGUGGUGAGAGUUGAGAGAGGCAUUUGUUGGUGUGGGUAGGUUUUUAACUUCUUAGUUGCAUUCAUUAAAUCGUUAAACCAUUGUUCCAUCAAACCAUGUCUGAUUGCCCACCUGGUUGCCAUGUGAACUUUGAUAUAUCCUACAUAAUUUUGCUCUGUCAGUUGUUCGAUAUAGGUUGAUAAGAUUUUUUAAUUUUUUAAUGUCAUGCAGGUCAUCCCACAGGUUCUCACUUUGAAGCAAGGAAAAAAAAUUCAACAGGUUAGGGAGGUUUUUGCUCUGAGCUGUUCUUAGCAUUUGCCAAGAACUGGCUUUUGGUUAAGAUAAUGUCAAGUAUAGUCUGCAUUCAUUGCAUGAAUUUGUAAUAUGUAAUUGCUUUGAAAUUAUGAGGAAGGAAGGUGAUUGAAUGCCUGAAACAAUUCCUUUGUGAAACUGUGGUGCACCCCCCACACUCCACCAAGGUGAAGUGCAUAUACAUUGUAAAAUCACUCAACAAAUCAACGAAUUUGUCAAGAAAUCGCCAACUCUACUGUCUACUGUUUACUUUUCCAGAUGAUUCAUCUUUAUCCACAGCAGCCAUCAUUGGCAUCAGCGCAGCUGGACUUGUAGCCAUCCUUGUGGUGAUUGGUACAGUUGUUUACUGGAAGAAGCAUCACCACCGUUCACGCCUGCGUGCUGCAUACUACAAUGAUAUCUCCAUGCAUGACCCUCUGUAUGAAGACUUUGGCCCUGAAGUUGCAUAAUUGAGAAGUUUUGCUUUGCUAUGUGACAGUGACACAGCUACAGUCAGCAUGGAUGUUUUAAUGCAAUCGACAAUCUUCAACAAAAUGAUUGAGGCAGCCUUCCAUUUGACUUGAAAAACAGCCAAUCCAUAUAUUCUGUCUCCAUUCCCCUACCGUGUGACAAAGUUGAUACUUUGUGGGUACCGUACUUAGUGUGCUCAUAUCUUCAUAGUGAACAGGGCUAGAAGCAUUGGGUCAGGGAAAGUAACAAAGUGAAUUCAGUGGUUCAGUCAACUGUACUUUAUUUCAUAAAUGAAACUUGAAGGCAAAAUUUUCAAACAUUUUGUGGAAGAUUGUGGGAAGUACUGUUCUUCGUGCUUGUUUCAACUUUCUUUACCUUUCCCUUUUUAUUGUUGUUGUUUGUUAAGGCAAAGGUUAUUUUCUGCUUUCUUUGUAAGAUAUGAUUAUAAAAUAGCUGGUGUUGUGGUGUAGGUAUCGAUUGAUGUGUUUUUAUUUAUCUAUUUCUUAAUCUUUGAUUUUGGUUCUCUUGUCAUCUGGUUAUCACACCAUUUUGGCGCACGCAUGGUCUUGAAUUACAGCCUACUGUUACAGUAGUUGUUUCACAGCAAAGUACAGAUAUCACACCUUGAUGUGCUCUAAGGCUUAACUAACAAAGCGAGGCUGAGAAUAUUUGAAACUUGGCUGCUGGCUAAAGCUAUUCAUGAUAAAGCUGGCCAUAUUUAAAUGUAAAAUGUUAAAUUUGUCAAAUUUCACUAAAAUAUUAUUAGGGUAUGUAGUAGUUGGUACAGAAACUGCAUGUAAAAUAGUUCAUAAUCCUUCCAGAUUGAUAUAAUAUCUCCGUGUGAGGAAGGAUUGACCUUCCAUUUUGUGAGGGUUGGGAGGAUAGUUAUAAACAUUUCGGCAGCCAUCUGUUCAUUCAAGUGAGAAGUUUGCGUGAUUAGUGUUACUGGAUUUUGUCACGCAAGUGAACUGCGCACCUACCCCUCCCCUAACCCAACAUUAACCCUAACUUUUUACCAGUUGACUGUUAUUGGGAUAGGGGAGUGGUAGGUGCGUAGUUACUCAGAUACUGGCAUUAAUUCUUGUCAGUUAUAUGGAAGACUUCUUCCUUAACCCUUUAACUCCCAGAAGUGAUCAACAUGAAACUUCUCCCUAUUACAUGCUCACAUUGUCCAGCAAAAAGCUAAUGAGAAUAUUCUAACUUAUCAGGUAGAAGUUAUCUUGAUCUAACACCAAAUUCUCAUAAUUAAUUUACAAGGAUACGUGUAGCAGCUAGAGGGGAGAAUUGAAAAUUAGAUCUUGGGAGUUAAAGGGUUGAAGCUGCAAGCUUAACUGAGGUUAAAAUAAUUUAGAAUGAACGAAGUUGUGCAACUUUCUGUUACCUUGAUCGCACAAUAUUUAGUGCUGCAAUACUGUGAUGAAAUAGCGUAGCUCGAGGAGAUUAGUGAUGGAAGCUGAUCAUGAGUGUCUUAGUAAUGCGUUUAUACUUUUUUUUUUGUCAGGCAGUAGCUAUUUUGAGUACCUGUAGUAAGCUGGAAAUGUAAACAUGUACAUAACUUUUACUUAUAAACGGGUUCGGAAACUUCCUUAGGCGACGAACGUGUGAAUUCUAUCGAUGUUUUUGAUGUUGAAUUUUUGGAAGUAAAUCAGUAAACGUAGCCAUGAUACACGUAAUGACGCAAAACAGAAAGCAAUUCUCUCAUGACUUGAAAAAGCUAAGUAGCAAUUGUCUGACAUCGGAUUGGCCGAAAAGGAUACACGAAAUUUCUAAGACCUUUUAACUAACUCAGAG